GAAACUGUGUUUCUCUGUGCCAUGGGUUUUAUCUCAGAGACUCUGUGCUCUUUAACUUUGGAGGCAGAAGCUGGAGAUAACGUCACUAUUUGGUGCCAACAUGAGCUGAAACAACCAGAUAAAAUCUUUUGGUUUAAACACACAUGUGAUUCAGUUCCAUUUCUUCUUGCGUGUAAACGUUAUUUGGUAUCAGCUCCAUCAGAGAAUUGCUUGUUCUUUACUGAAAGUGAGAGAAUAGUGAUGUCUGUUCAUGGCAAGAGCACGUCUCUCACAAUCACUGCAGUAACCGUCUCUGAUACAGGACUGUAUUACUGCAGCUUCAUAAAACUGGACCAAGUGAACUUUAGAAACUCAACCUCUUUACAAGUGAAAGGUGUAAAUAAAACAUUUUCUAAGAACCCGGACAGAGCAAAAGGUUCAGACUGUUCUGCUGUGUUCUUCAUGCUGAAUGCGGUGUUUGGUGCCGUGAUUGUGAUUCUUCUCGGUGUCCUGAUCUUCAUCAUACUGAAACACAGAAAAACUGAUAGAGGUGUUGAGGCAGAAGAUAAUGAGUUCUCUGAGAAGAUACUGAAGAGGAGACAUGAUGAAGAAAAAGAUACACAGUGGAAAGAAAGUGUGCAUGUAAACAUUUGUACACUGUAAUAAAAAGCUGGUAAUCCAGCACGUGGGGAAUUUCUGCUGCUGCAGCGACACUGAACUGAACACAAACUACUGAAUGUUUCAAUCGGUCACUAAUCCAGGAGUGAACCGUGACUGAGAGAACAUCAGUAAGUACCUUCAUUCUUACUUUAUACACCAGUUUGUCUCAAUAAAUAUACGGAUAAUUACUUUCAAACAUUAUGUAAAAUUAAAAUGAGGCGUAGGGUAAAGUAAACUUAAUUAGCACUGUUAGGUAGCUAGCAUCAGUCUAGCAUGUUUUCUGACAGGAGUUAGCUAUUCAGGUUAUUUGUUUUCUAACUUUAACACUAAAUGUCGCAUUGUUUUAUUAGUUAGUGUUACUGAAAAUUACUCGAGGUUGGUAUCUAAUGUUAGCUAGCAUCAGUCUUUAGAUAACUUCGUCUGUAAACACCAAAUGAGCGAGUUAAACACAGAUAAAUACAGAUAAACACAUGCUAAUGAGGCUAAUUUCAGCAGUUAAACUAACAGAAUCAGACCCUGGAUUAUAACUGCUAAUUGUACUGGUGUUGAACACGUCAGCUGUCACACAGGGGCGACCUGAACCUAAAUAAUUUAUCUUAGAUUUAUAAAUAAUUUAAAUCAUUGUAAAACACUGAAAACCACCUUAUUCGAAUGUAUCUAAUUUGUCAGGGUGGUUCCGUGUUGUUUUUUAUUUUCUGAAAAUGUAUCCC